UCCCUUCUCUGCCUCAAAUUCUCAGCGUCUGGCAAAUGAAUCUGGUUGGGUAAUGAGGUGAGCCUCCUAGCUGCACCCAGGCAAGCAGGGCCUCCUCAUCCCUCUCCCGCCCUCAGAAGUACGGCCUGCCCAUGGUUCCCACAGUAGAAGCUGUUUCAGGAAUGCAGCCUUGAGAGAGCGAGGCGCUGAGGAGACACUGCACCACGUGCUGACUGGACCCUGUGAAGGCCUCCACAUACACCGUUCGGGUUCUGUCAGGAGGCUGUGGGGGUCUCUUCACCUUGGGUGCCCAACACAAGCCUCUUAAGCAAGCUCCCUCACGUAUUAAAACUGCCACCCACCAACCUGGAGGGGCCUGCUGUUCUCUUCGGUCUCUCCUCGCCCUCCGUGUACGGGGCAGGGCUGAGGUAAAGGUGCAAACCAACACCUUUACCUCAGCGCCCUUGGCCAAGGAGAGAAAGGGCAGCGUCGGCCUGAGCCCACAGGCCCUGAGGCGACCCUCGCACCCGAGGCUGGGUUUGAGGCGGAAGUCCCAGAGGAGUCGGGGGAGGGCUAGGAUAAGGCUCAAGGGACGACGCUUCUGCCCGUAGGGGCCUUGCCAAAAAGAUGUCGAAAAAGUGCUGGAACAACGAGAAGGAUUACCUGGCCCUCGGCCUGACUGAACACUCUCCCGGAGAGCCUUCGCUGCUCCGCCCAGCGAAACUUGGCGCUAAAUUCUGACUCCGCCCCACCGAAGCCAUGGCCCCGCCCCUUCUGCCGUGGCCCCACCUCCAAGGCCCAGAGCCCGCCUCCAACUUCCCCUCGACGCCCCGCCCACCACGGCACUAACCACCUCCUGAACUGCACCGCCUCCUGAACAAGUUCCUUCCUUAAGCCCCGCCUCCUGAGCUCUGCGCCCCGCCUCCCAGGGCCCUGGCGGCGCUUGACCCCGCCCCGAACCCCACCCCGGCCCUGUGCGCCCGUCUCUGGCCGCCUCGAAUCACAGCCCUGCUCCCGCCCAGUCUCCUGGGCAACGCCGCGGCCCCGCCCCACCAUGGCGCCGGAGGAGAGAGCGGAUGCCGCGCGCCUGCUGCGGGGUUUCGAGCGCCGCUUCUUGGCGGCGCGCGCCCUGCGCUCCUUCCCCUGGCAGAGCCUAGAAGAGAAACUAAGGGACUCGUCAGGCUCUGAGCUGCUGCUGGAUAUUUUGCAGAAGACUGUGAAGCACCCUCUGUGCAUGAAGCACCCACCAUCAGUGAAGUAUUCCCGGAGCUUUCUCUCCGAGCUCAUCAGAAAGCACGAGGCUGUCCACACGGAGCCAUUGGACGAGCUGUACCAGGUGCUGGCCGAGGUCCUGACGGCCGAGGAGCCCACCCACUGCCACCGGAGCUAUCUGCUGCCUUCAGGUGACUCAGUCACCCUCUGCGAGAGCACGGCCAUCGUGUCUCAUGGGACCACGGGCCUGGUCACGUGGAACGCCGCACUCUACCUGGCCGAGUGGGCCGUGGAGAACCCAGCGGUCUUCACUCACAGGACGGCCUUAGAGCUUGGCAGCGGAGCCGGCCUCACAGGCCUGGCCAUUUGUAAGACAUGCCAGCCCAGAGCGUACGUCUUCAGUGACUGUCACAGCCGCGUCCUGGAGCAGCUGCGAGGGAACGUCCUUCUCAACGGCUUCUCGUUGGAGCCAAGCAUCGACGCCUGGGCGCAGCACCCGGGACCGCAUACCCCCGAGGCAGAGCGCCCCCGGGUGAUGGUGGCCCGGCUAGACUGGGACACAGUGACGGCGCCGCAGCUCGCGGCCUUCCAGCCAGACGUCAUCCUUGCCACAGACGUGCUGUAUUGUCCUGAAACGGUCCUCUCCCUGGUUGGGGUCCUGCGGAAGCUCUCCACCUGCCGGAAGGACCAGCGGGCUCCUGAUGCCUACAUUGCCUUCACCAUCCGCAACCCGGAGACGUGCCAGCUGUUCACCACAGAGCUGGGCCAGGCUGGGAUCCUGUGGGAAGAGGUGCCUCGUCAUGACCAGAAACUGUUUCCCUACGAAGAGCACUCGGAGAUGGCGAUUCUGAAACUAACGCUGUAGUUUUUACAGAUGGUUCUGAAGGACAACCUGAAAAUCAAAUCACUGUCCUGGAAAGAGUCUGAUAAAACUUCCACUGGACUUGAAUGUUCGAAGGAUGUUAAAUUCUGAAUCCAGAACCGUAAAGUGUUCUAACAAAAUAUAAACUGCUCGAGUGUGUGGGUA